CUCAUCCAUGCCACCUGCCAGUGCCACAUUUCAGUGCCCAUCAGUGCACAUCAAUGCCACCCAUCAGUGCCAGUCAGUGCCACCUAUCAGUGCCCAUUAGUGCUGCCUAACAGUGCCAGUCAGUGCUGCCUAUCACUGCCAUAUAUGAGUGCUGCCUUUCAGUGCCCAUCAGUGAUGCCUGUCAAUGCCUAUGAGUGCCACCUACCAGUGCCUCCUCGUGCCACCUAUCAGUGUCCAUUAGUGCAGUCUUUCAGUGCCCAUCAGUGC